UUCCUGGGGGGUGGGGUGGGGGGGGGUCCCUAAGAAGUCCCCCGGGCAGAAGGAGACGGUGGUCUGAGAACUGAGACCUCAGCCACCUGGAACUGCUCUCCACAAACGUCCAGUCCGGAGAUGCAGCUUCGGGUGAACCCGGCCCCGCGCGCCGCUGUCUUUGCUCACUCCCAUUGUACAGACAGGAGACCGAGGCGCCUAGGGAGUGGGUCGGGAAAAGGAAAUUGGGGAGGGGGCCUGGAACAGGUGCGGGGGUAACGGGGAGUCACCGACGUCCUCCAGCCCCUCUCCCCUCGCUGGGCCCACGGCCCUUGGGGGUAGAAGCCCAGAGGGAUGCUAGGUGGGCCCACGGCAGGGGGGAGGGCCGGGGUCCCGGCCACCCCCGGGAGGCGGGGGGAGGGGCGGCAGGAUUGACAGUCGGUAAUUGGGUAACUGGAGGCGGCUUCUCCGGCCCGGCAGCCCCGCCACCGCGACGCCGGGCCCCUGACGUCACCCGAUUCGCCAGGAAAUGAACUUUUUAAUAAUCUGAGGAGGGAGGAAAGCCCUCGGUCCCCUCGGCUCGGGGGGCACCAGGCCAGGCUGGGCUCCGCCGGCAUGCCCCCGUCACCCCCUCCAAGGCCAGCUCUGGCAGCGCCACGGGAGCCUCCCCCUGCCUCGGCGUCCCGCCGGCCCCUUCUGUCCGAGGCCCUGGCGCAGCUUACGACUCAUCAACGCGUAAAACGCAAUCGCAGCGAAACCUCCAGCCUGUCUUGCCGCCUCAGAGCCCAGCAGGGGCUUCUCAAAGACAACGAGGCACCGGGGACCAUCCCCGGUGUCCGGCAAGGCCGCCCCAUGGAGUUCAAAAUCGGGGACGGAGCGCGGGAGGCCCCGGACUCGCAGGCCGGCCGCCAGGCGGUGAACGCCGGAGCCGAGCGGAAGCUUAUCGCCGGCCGCGAUCCCAGCGUCGGUUCGAGGGGAGACGGUCGUUCCGAGCUUUCAGGAGAGCAGGUAAUCGCCUUUUUCCCCCCAAAGCGCGGUUCAAAUGAUCUCCGGGGCUGGGUGGGUCUGCAGUUUCAUAACCGCGAGCUCGGCUGCAAGCUCCUCCGGGGCAGCCUGAAGCCCCUCCGGGGCAGCGUCCCGGCCGCCGCAGGGAUGGAGUGACCUGCCCGGUGGGUCGCUGCUCGAGCCGCAGCCCUGCGCUGCCCGCCGGGCCGGCGCAGCUCGAAGCCCGAACGGGGGGAUUUAAUUACUCCGCUCGGCGGCUCAGAAAAUCGCCGCGAAGAGGAGCUUAGCAGCACAGUUAAGCAAUGCUCGAGCGGGGGGCCUCCGGAGAGCCGCACCAGCCCCGCUUCCCGCAAUCCCGGCCUAGAAGAAAAAAGGGAAAGAGGGACCCUGCCCCGUCUCCCGGGAACGUGGGGUCGCCUUCCCAGAGAAGGCAGGCGGGCAGGCGGCCUGCUCGGCCGCGGCCUCCACGGUAACUGAGCCCCUGCGUUGGACCCGGGACUGCUGCCUUCUCCCGCAGGAACGAACCCGCGGGGAGAGGAAAGCAGGGAGCCAGGCAGCUCGGCCCCCAGCUGGCCAGUAAUGGGGGGUCCCUCGUGAGUGUGUCCGCUGGACAGACCGAUGGAUGCUAACCAGGGGCCUCCCCGACUGAGCAGUCAGACCAUGGGAUCCCUGCUGAGGGAACAAACCUCCAGGGAGGCUGAAGGCAGCUCCCAGCUCCUAGGAUGGGCUGGGCUGGGGUGGGGAUCCGGGGCUGCAGAGAGCGGAUUUAUGUCAACUUAGGGCCUUGGACUUUGGGGGUUUCCAGACACCCACUUUGGAGGCACAUGUUCCUUUUUUUUCUUCUUUUUUUCUUUCUCUCUCUGUCUCUCUUUUUUUUUUUUUGGUUCACUCGCAAGGAUUGUUGCGAAUGCGGGUCGCUGCCCUUUGGUCUCACUGAAGCUGUCCCUUUCCUUACAUGGGAACAAGAUUUUACCAAGGACUGGGGAAGGGCAGCCGCGAAAACAGUUUUCUAACAACCUUUUCCAAAUGACUGGAGACUCUCCGGUGGAGCGUGGCUCAGCGGUGUUUGGGUGCUUUCGCAGGGAGCUGGGAGUGCAGACAUCUGGAGCCUCAGCCCCGCGCCCAGCUGCCCAGGGGUCCUCCAUCCUGGGAAAGCCUCCUCCCCGCCCUUUGUUUCAACUUCGCUCCCCUCGGGGACUGUAAGUUCGCCCUCUCUUUGUAACCUCUUCUCACCUUUGCCCGUGGGCAUCUAAUUGGCCAGCAGUGCAGGGCGCUCAAAGAAAUCCAUUUGCUUAGCGGCUGCCUUCCACAGAGAUAUUUCAUUUGCCACCCAGCAGCCCCCCAGCUCCACUCCUGCAGUGUGACUUGAGGGGUCCUGAGGAGGAGUAGGGGACUGCUCUGGCCAGAGGGGUUCAGAAGUCUCUAAGGCAAGGCCUGAGAUCGGGCCUCAGCCAUCCUCCAGAGGGGCACCCCCGUGCGGAGCCCCUGCUCUUUGAGGCUCACUCCCAGCCCCCUAAACUCCGACUCUCCCUCUCCUCCUGCCUCCCUGCUGCUUCUCUCACUCCCUGCAUGUUCUGGGCCUUUUUGAAUCGUAAACACCAGAGCCCAACGUUCUACGUGUGUCUGCACCCUGGGCCCAGGCUCCCGGGAGAUCUUGGGAAGUUCUACCCGCCACCUCCAAGCCUGACAGUGUGGGGCCCUGCUGAGACCUGCAGACAGUCGAGCGCGGUGCCCCCUCCUCCGCGAACAGCCACGGUUUGCUCGGAGGCCUGGCAGCCCUGCAGCCCGGCGAUAGGACAACGGGUAAAUCCGUUUCGUUAGAUGCAAUUUGUCUGCAAUUUGUCAACCCGGCUGGGAAACGCGCCCCAGACGCCCGGGCCGCCGCUGGCCCUUCCUGCUUCUUGGAUCCUGCCUACUCAUGAACGAAUCCCAGCGCGAAGAGCCUGCAUAGACCAGAGCUCACGGCCAGAUGUCCCCGACCCCUGGAGACCUGGCUUUUUCCAAAACAACGAAUUUCCUUCCGUGUUUUCCGGGAAAGGAGUGGCUGCAGCAUCCGGGGGCCCUGAAUGCCAGACCUUUCCCCUCGCGCUUGGGGCAACCUGGAGUUCAAGCCUGACCUCUGCGGAACGAUUCUAAAUGCCUGGGUGUAGACAAACCCAGACCCCCGCCGUCUAUGCCUCCCGCCUCCCCGGAGGCAGAUCCCCGAGCCGGCGGCGGCCCCAUUCUUAUUGAAAUUCCACUAAAAGGAUUCCGACUCCGGCAUGGGGCAGGGGGGAGACUUCCAGACCCCAGGUUCUCCCCACCCGCACCCCAGCCACACAAGAUAAAGGGCCGCGGGGCGCGGCGCGCGGGGGCGCACGCAAGAGCGCGCCGGGUUAAGCCGCGCAAAGCCGGCGCACGGGGCCAGCCGGCAGGUGCAGCCCGCGAUCGGCUGCCCGGCUCGGGCGCAUCGCCGCCGCGGCCUGGAGGUGGGGGGCGGCCAACACAAAGGACCCGGCCCCGGGGCUGGGGCGGGAGGGUGUGCUCUGCGUCUCCCGGAGCAACCGGGAACCCGGGGCCUACGGCUCCGUCCGAGAAAUGGGAAGGCUCCCGCCCGAGUCGGGCCUGCUGGCCACAACUCCCCAAACGCGCUCUCCGGUUUUGGCCCCUAUGACCUGGGGUUCCAGGCGCUCGGAUUCUUAAAGCGAGCCCCGAAGGUCACAUGUUGGGGGCACCCGGCCAGGCGGACCGCUCGACUAGGAUGCCAGGUGGGCCGAGCCUGGGGGCUGGCAGGGCCCUGGCCAGGCGAAGGGUCGACUUACCAAGCGAGAUGCGGUGGGCGGCGCCCCCGGGCGGCCGGGGCCGGGGCGGAGCAGGGCGACCAAGGAGCCGCGCGGGCAGGCCGCGUUACCAGCGGGGCCCGGGCGGCGCGGAGAGCGGCCUCAUGGUGUGCGGCGGGCGGCUUUUGUUUGCGGGGUGGAUGACGGGGCGACGGCAGCCAGGAGGAGACGUGAGCGGUGAGCCCGGGCGGCGCUGGCCCUCCCUGCCCCCCCGCCGCCGCCGCGGUCUGCUUUUAUUUCGACAUCACUUUGGUGGGGGGGGCGGGUGGAGGCGGGAGCGCCCCGGGGCGGGGGGGAGGGCAGGAGUGUGCCCGGGGCUCGCGCCCAGCCUCCCUGGUCCAGCCACUGGCGGCUGGUGGGCGGUGGGCACUCAGGGCGCCUCUCUCUACUUGCCUCCACUCCAGCCCACUCCCGCCCUGGCAGGGGCGCACACGCUGGGAUGCACUCAAAAAGGCCAGCGGUCUGUCUUCGGAGACUCUCCCCCCGGGACCUCCAGAGACGUGGUCACACGCGCUCACACACGCACGCACACAGAUGCCUGCUCCUCCUUCUCCAAUCCACCUCCAGUCACACGGCCGCACGUACAUCCGUGCACACGCAUUAGCACACUCGGCGUGGAUGGACAUCCUCAGGCAGGAGGUCUGGGUCACACCUACGUGCACACACGCAAAUGUAGCUUGACACCCAUCUGGCAUUCACACGACUGCCUCACUCCCAGGCUGAUGAGCCUGGGUGUAAACAAAGCCCUCAGCCUGGCCCACCUAUAGCCCACCCCAACUCCAGAGCAGCCAGGGGAUUUCAGAAGUGGAGUUUGAGGCACAGCCUGGCCUUUCCCAGGAGAGCCCUGGAGUGAGCAAGCCGUGGGGGCAGAGAGCUGUUCUUGGAAGGCUGAGUGGAGGAGCGGGGAGUCUUCACCCCAAGAAACUCCUGAGAUUGGGAGCUAGGAAGGCCAGUUCUUGAACUUCCAAAGUUCCUACCAGGAGAUUCAGCACGGUGGCUGGAGUCCCAUCCCAGCUGCCCAGGGAGAGUGAAAGUGCCCUUUGGGACCUUUGGCCCAAAGACAAAGUACUUUGCCUCCAAAAGACUGGGAAGUGCUUGCCCAGGUGCCCGGAGAGGAGGUGCGUCCCAGCUGCCAGGCCAGCGGGCGUCCGCUGCGUGGGGGGCUUUCUUGGAAGCUGGAGGUGACUAUGCUGCCUGUGCGAGUCCUCUGGGCUGAGUGCCCGUGUGUGUCUGUGGCCAUUUGUGAGCACACUGGAAGGGAAGUCUGCAAAGCUGAGGCUAUUAAUCUGUCUGCUUCCUCUUGUGGGUCCUGGAUGCUUUGUGUACUUGGUCUCUGCUCUGUGGGUCCCUGCGAGUUUGUGUGUUGUGUGUGGCUGUUUCAGAGUGCGACCCCGCGGGUGCACUCGGGAGGGAGUAGCUCUGGAAUUGGACAUGUGCCCCUGUGUAUCUGUGAGGCCAGUGUGACCGUGGACCUUGCGAUAGGAAGUGGGUAUUUCCAAGUGCCUGUCUACACGCUGCUGCACAUCCCUGAGGACACACACAGGGGUGGGGCGGUAGCAGUGGUGUCUCUGGGUCCCCUGUGUCUAUGAACUGGGCUGUGGGCAUCCGUGUGCUCGGAUCUAUCUGCGAGCCGCGUGCGACUCUUCCCAGUGUUACUCUGUGUCUGCGGGCUGCGGAGGAGUGUGUCUCUGGGUGACACUGUGUGCGUCUUCCCAGAUUGCCUGCCAGCGCACCUUCCCUGACCGGCAGGGCAGGCCGCCAGCGGAACCAGGGUGCCAUUUGCGAGGGCACUUGCUGUCUGUCUGUGGGAGGGGGAGAUGAGCUGAUAAGGCUUAUCUGCCAAAGCCAGCGCCAUGCUGAAUAACUGCUCUAAUGAGGUGGCCUCCUUGGGGGGGAUGGGGUGGGGGGCACAGGAGUGCACCCCCACAAACCCAGCAGGCGCUGUGUCUACAGGGCCUUUCCUAGUCUGCCCUGCUCCCUGGGAGGGGGAGCUCCCCAUCUUCACCCCAAUUACCAUCUCCCUUCCCUGCGCGGCUGGAGCCUCCCUGGGGUGGAUGGAGAGACAUGGAGAAUCUGUGCUAGAAAGGUCCAGAGAGACAGGUAAAGGGGACAAAGCAGGGAGACCCCAGGACAGACUGUUAACAGCAACAGCAAUAGAGGGCCUGGUGGUGGGUUGGGGGACCCUCAGGGAUAGGACCAAAAAGUAGCAGAAAGAAAAGAAAAAAGCGGCAGAAAGGCUUGGAGAGAUGGGAAGGGAAGCAGUGAAAGUGUUAACCAGAGAAAGAGACGCGGUCAGAGAGAUGAGAGAGAUAGAGAGGAGGGCACCCCAGGGGCUCCUAGACCUCGGUGGGGAGGGCCAGCGGAGAAAGGGCCCCUCGGGGAAAGAGGCGGGAGAGGGACGUGAAAGACAGACUGGGCGGGGUGGCAGAAGGAGACGGACCGCCAGCCGCGCCCCCCUCCCCGCACGUCGGAGCAUCCUCGAGUGCCCAGGCCCGCCGGCCGGGAGGGCGUGAGCGUGGAGCUCGCGGGCGGGAGGGCGGGGCCCCAAGGCGCGGGCAGGGGGGUCCGCGCGGGGCUGCGCCGCUGUCCGGGGGUAAUUUUUCAUCUCGGCCGGCUAAUCUUUGUUCCCGGCGAAGAUAAUGAAUAGCCAAUCGUUAUCUGCCCGGCUCCCGGAGGCUGCCCGAGAAUGGGGCUGUACAGGGUUAGGGAAUUGUUUCCAAAGUGCCGCGGAAUAAAUGGUGUUCCUUA